AGCUUAAAUAUGAGCAGCCGAGCAGCUGGAAAACCCAGAGAGGAGGAGGAGGAGGAGGAGAAGGAGAAGGAGGAGGAGGACUUCUAUGACUGCCAGGAGACUCUGGAACGUCCAGACCGAAGAGAGGCGAUGGAGGAGGAACCGGCCCGACAGGUUGAAGGGGGUUCGGAGGAAUUUCACGUUAAAUCUGACAGACUGACUGAAAGAGGAGAUGGCACAGAUGGGGAGGGAAAAGGACAGGAGGAGGUGCAGGGCAACAGGGUGCGGUCGCAGGGUGCCAGGUUGCAGGAGGAGGUGCAGCGCGACAAGUUGCAGAAAAAGGUGCUGGCCAGCAGUUUGCAGGUUGACAGGCUGCAGGAGGAGGUGCUGGGCGACAGGCUGCAGGGGGAGGUGCUGAGCGACAGGCUGCAGCAGGAGGUGCUGGGCGACAGGCUGCAGCAGGAGGUGCUGGGCGACAGGCUGCAGCAGGAGGUGCUGAGCGACAGGCUGCAGCAGGAGGUGCUGAGCGACAGGCUGCAGGACGAUUCAGAUUCAGAGCUGAAGGAGGAGAACAGCCUGGAGGUAGAGUUUGAUGAUGACUACCUGAAGGAGGUGGAAAAGGAGCUGACGGAGGAGGAGAAGGAGUCUCGACGGCAGCAAAGUUUAACUCUGAAGGAAAAAGGCAACGGCCACUUUAAAGCUGGAGACUGGUCGGAGGCGGAGCGGAGAUACAAGGAGGCGCUGGUUUUAUGUCCGGUUUGUUUCAGCAGAGAGAGAGCCGUGCUGUUCUCCAACAGAGCUGCUGCAAGACUGCACCUGGGUCUGAAGGAUCAGGCAAUCUCAGAUUGCACCAGAGCGAUAGAGCUGAAUCCAGACUAUGUGCGGGCGUUGCUGAGGAGGGCAGAGCUUUACGAGCAGACUGAGAAGUUGGAUGAGGCUCUGGAGGACUACAAGAAGGUUCUGGACUGCGACCCAAACCAGACCAUCGCCAGACAGGCCUGCAUGAGAUUACCUCAUCAGAUUCAGGAGAGGAAUGAGAAGUUGAAGGAGGAGAUGAUGAGUAAACUGAAGGACCUGGGGAACUUGGUCCUGAGACCUUUCGGACUCUCGACCAACAACUUCCAGGUUAAUCAGGACGCAGACACGGGUUCCUACUCCAUCAACUUCGUCCAGAACCCAAACAACAACAACAGAUGACAUCAGCCCUGACAGACGUGACAUCACAUCCUGUACAGGAACAUGUCGACGAGCACGUGUGCGUUCAGAGGAAAAUAAAGGCUGCUUCAUUUAUUUCCUGGUUGUGUCGUUGGUUUUGAAUUCUCUGGGGGUUUACGCUGGUUUUCUGGUUUCCAGAGUAAUGUGUGCAGCAGGUUAGCUUCAGAGGACCAAUCAGAUCACUGGAAACAUAGUGACAUCACUCUUCCGGGAUCCUUACAAUAAAGACUAAUAGAUGUUAGUAUUGAUUCAAAGCUCAGAGUUUAACACGUGAUGGUUGUUUUUAUAAAGUUUGAGUCCUGACAGCUCAGAAUAACAUGACAAAUAACCUCUGUUGUCUCAGAAAGAUAAUCAACAUGUAGUUAUCUCCUAAUAAAUUAUUCAUACAACAUUCAGUCAGACAGGAAGUAGUUUAUUUCUGGACUUUUUUUAUCUGUGUCACAGCUUAGAGUAGUUCUAAUUUAAACUUUAGUUACAAUUUAUAAUUAUUUAUGAUUGUAAAUAUGGAGAACAAGCACCAAGAAUCAGCAGAAUAUUUCUAUUUUCAACAAAUAAGUUCUGACAGACACAAAUGAUCUUGUUUGAUGUUUGUGUUCGUAAACCUGCAGUCAUUCAUUCAGAAGCUAAACAGUGUUUACUUUCUAUAAAACGUACACACACACGCACAUACAUAUAGAUACUCGUGUGUGUGUGUGUGUGUAUAGUCAGCUUUUAUUCUGUAUUUUCUCUGUUGCCAUAUUUUUUCCAACUGCUCUUUCCUGCUGCCUGUCACACCUGAACCCCCCAGUUUGGGAUUAGUGAAGCCUUAUUGACUGAAGUCUGGUGUUUGCUGCCACCUGCUGGUCAUCUGUGCAAACAUCACCUCCCUCUGAAGAACACACGCUGUAAAGCUCUGGCUGAAAUGAUGGAGCAGUUAAUUAAAAGUUAAAAAUAAAGAUUAAAACCUGUU